AUGCCGGACGACGUUGGACCCGCCGAGGCAGAGGUCUCGGGUGCUGUGUCUGAGAGCGACAACGAGUACGACGAAACCGAGGUCACUACCAAGGACGACGACGACGAAAAGAUGGCCGAACGAUCCGUUGCUUCCGAAGGUGUCGAAACCAACGGUGACCAGAAGAAGAAGUAUGACCCCAAGGAUCCUUUGCGGCCCAGGAGGAAAAAAGCCCGGAGAGCCUGCUAUGCGUGUCAGAGAGCUCAUUUGACCUGCGGUGACGAACGACCAUGCCAACGGUGCAUCAAACGUGGAUUAGCUGAAGCUUGCCAGGACGGUGUCCGGAAGAAGGCGAAGUAUCUCCACGAUGCUCCCCCGGAAGCCUUACGUCCCGUACUUGGACCCAACUACAAUCCUGCUGCCGCUGUAUCUGUCCGGAAUGGCCAUCGGCAUCCUUCCAACGGUGGGUCAGAUGCCGGCUCUUCUGUUGGUACCUUCUACUCGCAGUCGACCCAGUACCCAGUCUUCUCGUCUGCAGCAACACAAUUAGGAUCAAUACCGGAGAACUUACCCUUCCCCCAGCAAUCUCCCGUAUCGCCAACUUUCCAGGCCUCUGGCAACCCUCAGCUCGGUUCUAUUGCGGUCAAUUCAGUUUCCAGCCCUAUGAAUAGCUUCCCUCCAGCGCUAUUUGAUCCGAGUAAUCCUGCCAUUUUCAACUUCAAUUUGGAGGGACUCAACUUCGGAAGUCAGUAUGGCGCCAUGGAGUUUGGUAUGCUGGGCCACAUGUCCUCGGGUGCUGCUGAGACUCCUCCGCGGGAUCCGUCCAUAGCACAGCAGGGCACUAGUGAUGUCGGAUUUAACCCCUCUGGAGUCUUUGGAAACAGUCUGAACCAGUUUGAAAAGGUUUAUGACAAUAACACCGGUUUGAUAAGCGACUUCCUGACUCUGGAUGCCCAUUCCAAUGGCUUGUACUCCCAAGGAAACCUGCAACAUGGUCUACCGCAUGCCUAUGCUAUCCCUGCUGGUCCCACUAGUCUACAAAGCCCUAGUACCGAGAACAACAGUCCGCAACCGACAGGAUUUGGUUUUGAGUCUCCCACCACCACCAACUACACGGGGGUUCCAGGUGCUGCAGGGAAUCAGCCGGGCUCCCAGCAGCCACGGGCGCAGAAACCAAAGACGCCGGCCUUGGGGAAGCUCGGGCCACAGUCAGUUCUGGGUAAGAGGCAGCGAGAUCCAUCAUCUAUCUACGAGGCAGUCAAGGAACCAUUCCAAUAUGUGGCUAGUUUCCACAAGCUCAUCAGUCUACUUCAGAACCGAUUUUCGGGCGCGAGCACGAUCAGCAUCGUAAGGUCAUUAGCCAGCAUUCGCCCAUCUUUCAUGUCAUGUAUGAAAACGCUCAACAGGGCCGACCUCAUCUUCAUGGAGAAAAGCUUCCAGCGUGCCCUUUUCGAGCAUGAGGAGUUCAUGCACCAAUCGCCAAGCCCAGCCAUCGCUUGCCGUCGAACCGGCGAAAUAGCCGCCGUUAACAAGGAGUUCACAGCGCUAACAGGGUGGACAAAGGAUGUGCUUCUUGGGAAGACGCUGAACCUCAAUGCGAAUAUGGGUGGCACUAACUCGGAUACCCUUUCCAUCAGCAGCAAAGGAGGCAGAGGAGGCAUUGUGGGAACAACACCCAGGCUAAAACCUUUGCAUCCAGAACAGGGCACGAACGCCGACAGUCAGCAACAGCAAUCGCAGCAACACAAGGAACAACCACAACCGGUAUUCCUUGCGGAGCUCAUGGACGAAGCGAGCGUGACGCAGUUUUACGAGGAUUACGCCCAGCUAGCGUUUACACACAGCCGAGGUACAGUGGUGAGAAAAUGCCGACUUCUCAAGUACCGCACCCAAGAGAACAUGGACGCCGCCGCCGCCGCGGCUGCUGCUGCUUCUGCCCCCACAGCUUCAGGCGGCAGUGGUAGCAGUAACGGCACCGUUGUCAAUGGAGGGCCAGAUAGCAGCCCAGCUGGAAAGACGGAGAAAGAACGACCGACGGGCGUGAAUGUUGCCAGCAAUAGUAUCUUGAGCAACAGGGUCGCCAAGAUCGACGGAGAACACGGCAUCUCGAAACUGGAACGAGAUGGUAAGCUAGAAUGCAGCUAUACGUGGACCAUCAAGCGGGAUGUGUUUGAUAUACCCAUGAUUAUAAUGAUCAAUGUAAGUGGUGUCUGA